AUGUCGAACCACAGCCACACUGCAGCCACCAAGAACCACCUUCACCUGUUGAGUCUCUCCAGCUCCAGUACCCACGAGACGCAGGAGGAGGAGGAAGAGGAGAAAGGAGAGAAGGAGAAGAAACAGAAACAGUACCAUUGCCCCGUCUGUAAUUACGCCAGCAGGAGGGUGUCUGAUGUUGUAAGGCACACACUCGUACAUUUGAAUGAGCCCCAAGAACCUCCUUUGGCAACGCAAGGACAAUAUCAUCCCUUUAGGGCCGUCGGUCCAAGUGAUUUCAAACCACAGCCACACUACAGCCACCAAGUACCACCUUCACCAGAAAAAGUGUUCCAAACCCAUCAUCUAGGUACCCACGAGACGCAGGAGGAGAAAGGAGAGGAGAAAGGAGAGAAGGAGAAGCAACAGAAACAGUACCAUUGCCCCGUCUGUAAUUACGCCAGCAGGAGGAAGUUUAAUGUCGUAAGGCACACACGCGUACAUUCGAAUGAGCCCCAAGAUCCUCCUUUGGCAACGCAAGGACGAUAUCAUCCCUUUAGGGCCAUCGGUCCAAGUUAUUUCAAACCACAGCCACACUACAGCCACAAAGUACCACCUUCACCAGAGCCUCAAGAACCACCUACUUCAGAUCCCCAAGAACCUCCUGGGGAAGCGCAGGGACGAUAUCAUCUCUUCAGGGCCGUCGGUCCAAGUGAUGUCGAGCCACAACCACAUUGCAGCCACAAAGAGCCACCCUCACCAAAGCCAAGAAAACCUCCUGGGGAAACACAGGGACCACCUACACCAGAGCCCCAAGAAUCUCCUAGGGAAACGCUAGGACGAUAUCAUCUCUUUAGGGCCUUCGGUCCAAGCGAUGUCGAACCACAACCACACUGUAGCCACCAAGAACCACCUUCACAAGAUCCCCAAGAACCUCCUUUGGCAACGCAAAGACGAUAUCAUCUCCUUAAGGCCAUCAGUCCAAGCAAUGUCGAACCACAGCCACACUGCAGCCACCAAGAACCACCUUCACCUGUUGAGUCUCUCCAGCUCCAGCAAGGCGAGUUUUUGAGGUCAUAUGCAUUCUCUCCCUGGUGGUAUCACACAAGCGGACUAUCAGAAAGAGCGUUCCAGACCCAUCAUCUAGGUACCCACGAGACGCAGGAGGAGGAGGAGGGGGAGGAGGAGAAGGGAGAGGAGGAGAAGAAGAAGAAGAAGAAUAAAAAGGAGUAUCACUGUCCUCACUGCCCCUAUAAGACUGUCUGGAAGAAGACUUUCAAGAAUCACCUGAAUAUACACGUCCCGACUAGAAGGUUUGCCUGCAGCAAGUGUAACGCCACUUUUGAUUUUAAAGGUGCUCUCACUAGGCACUUCAAAUCUCUUCAUUCUUAG